AUGGAAGGCCUCUCUUUGGUGGGUUUGCAAGCAGCCUGCCGGGCCUGUGGCCUCGACGCCGCGGGCGACGCCGCGGAGCUCACGGCCCGGCUGGCCGUGCACAUGGCCUGCGAGGAGACGGAGGAGCCCUCGGGAGAGGCUGAGGGGACGGAUCCUGCGAAGGAGAACUGCGCGCAGCUUGUGGAAACACCUGGGCCGACCGAAGCUGAACCACAGCCCUCGGAGGUUCUUGAUGCACUUGCGGAUGAGGCAGACGGUGGCGUCCACCCGCUCGAGACACUCGAGCCGCUCGAGCCGGAGAUGACAGUCAAGGAGCCUGUCACGGAGCCGCUGGACUUGGUGCCCUCCCAGAUUUCGAUUCCCGCGGCGCAACCCGAGCCACAGGCUGUCAGUGGACAUGCUGUGAGCGGAGAGACAAGCAGAAGUCCGGUUAGUCCGGCUGCGGUUUGUACACAGACCUUGGACGAGGGCUUUCGCGCCGGCCUCCGACUGUUACACACAGAGGAGCUUCGGCAUCUCUGCACGGAACGUGGUCUGAUCGCAACAGGUACAAAGCGGGAGCUGCUGAACGUGCUCCUGGCUCACUUUGCCUGUGCCCCGCAACCCACUCCCACCCAGGAUGCCAGCUCUCCCAGCCCACACCAUCACAGGCAUCACGGGCAUCACGAGCAUCAAGCAGUGCCAGCAGUGCCGGCAGAAUCCACCGCAGCCCCUCCGACCAAGCCGACGAAGCCACCGACGAAGGCGCCGAGCCCUCUGCCACCGCACCCGCCCGCGCAGGCACGCGUGGACCUGGAGCCGCCACCAGCAAAAGCGCCACGCAAAGCGCAAGCUUUGCAAGCACAGCCAAGAAGGGAAGAGCCCGAGCCGUCGAAAUCGGGAACGAAAGUCAGUGAUAUGCAGGGUGCGCAGCCGGCGCUCGUGGAAGAAGUUGAGCAAUUGCGACAGCUCCGACCUCUGAAGCCGGUGCAGCGUGUCACACAGACAUCGCUGUUGCGACGCCAGCGUGGCCCCGGGCCAACAGCGGCCCCGAAUUUCUCGGCACUCUGGCAGACAAUGUGCCCUUCCAAGCAAAGCGAGAUUCCGGAGAAGCAAGGUGAAGGCGUUGGUCUCGCAGUGCGGGCUGCUGGCAUGCCGCACGUCGGCGCCCGGCGCGCGCGGUCCGCGCGACCCGCGCGGUCGCGGGCACAAGCAGUGGGUUCCUGCCAUGCCUCGACCGUUGCAGGACUUCCAUGCCGCAAUGCUGGACACAUCAAGCCUGCUGGUGCUCGCUUCGUCUACUGCGCCAUGCACAGCCCUCGCUGGGCUCGCUUCGAGACGGUGGGCGUUGAUGAGUUGAAGCCGCGCCCUCGAGUCGCAAACGACAGCGGAAAGGGAGCACCAGAUGGGCGCAAGCCGUCUCUGCUUGCUCCAAAAGAUGCUGUGAAGCAAAGCGGGCAGAUCGGAAAGGCAAGCAAGGUCCAGGCUCCAGCGCCAACACCGGAGCCAGUCAAGGCAGCACCACCGUCAGUUCGCGUUUCGAGGAAGCAAGGGUCGUCAGUUCGGCUGAUGGAGGCCCCGAAGGGAAUGAAACAGGAUCUGGUGGAGGCCGCGUAA